AUGCCUCAAUCGGAGGCGAGAUGCGUGGAGAUUCAGAAGAACACUCAUGUUCUCAUGAAUGCUCUCAUGAAUGCUCUCAUCCCUUCACUGCGCAACGUGGAGUACCCGGAACGCAGCGCCUGCGCCAUCGAGCAGUGGUUUCAGUGGUGUUGGUGUCACGUUCGUCUGAACACUGCGGUACCACAGGCAGCUUGGGACCAAUAUUACUGGUUUGAAUUUGGUGUGGCCAUGUCGAGAUGCAAUUUAGAAGACAAUGUCCUCACAGAAGAAAGAUUCAGGGAAAUCAGAGAUAGCAUAUUGAAUGGGAUAGAGCAUGGGGCACCACAGUGGCUUGCCAGCAGUGAAGAGUUAGAGGAACCUGUCCCAGUUACAGGACCUUUGGUUGUCAGGGGAAAUAAAUACCCAUACACUGCUAAAGACAUUCAGUCAUACAUUCCAUCAAUUGAAGAAGCUCGGAAGUAUGGUUAUGCUGAGGUGGACUUCAUGGAUCGUCACCAGGCUGGUGGACAUUCAAUAAGCAUGCCAUUUUAUAAUGGAUUUCCUGAAUCAAAUGAUCAGAAGCCUAAGAAGGGCAGAGGUAGAGGAUUCACUACCUCAAGUACUACUUCUGCGUUUAGGCAAACCAGGGAGAUCUUUAAGAAGCAAUUGAAGGAGCAAUUUGGAGACACGCACUCCAUUACAGCACAUGCACAAACUCUCAAUGGAGUAACCAACAUGGAUCAUAUGGUACCUUCCUAUGGAGCAACUGUAAGCAGAAGCAGCAGCUCCAGCAGUACACCAGAUGUUGUUGUGGAGGAAGAGGAAAUCGAGGAUCCAUUCCCACCUCUUCAAACUACCGUAUGGAAUGCAAGCAAGAGGGGUGAUUGUCAUGCAAGUUCAAAGAAGGCUGCUGCUCCUGACAAAAAUGUUAAUCAAUAUGUUAAACAUUGGUUGAAAAAUACCAAGUGACCUGCAUCUGAAACUUCUUUUCCCUCUUCCCCACCUUUACCCUGUCCAUUUUCUUUCAAAUUUUCCAAUUGUGUGCCUGAAGGCUGAAUCUCAUGACUGAUGCCAUGACAAAGCAAAAAAAUCCCCUGAGACAGAUGUCGUCAACCAACAGAAAUUUAUUGCUGGGGCAGUGGGUCUACCAGCAGAAAAUCUGGG